GGCUUGGGGCAGAUCAACCUUCCUAAUCCAGUGCAGUCUUAUUCCCACUAUUCUGCAACAAAAUCAUGUCCCAAAAGUGCCAAAAGUGCCACACCGAUGUCGACGGCGAUGGCCUCAAGCUCGAGAACGGAAAGAUGUUCCACAACCACUGCCUGACUUGCGCUGAAUGCAGCAAAUCACUCGAUGGCGCCUUCUACGAUCGCGACGGCUCGUAUUACUGCCCUGCCGACUAUGUGCGCAAGUUUGGCAAGUACUGCGCAAAGUGCAAGCUGCUGAUCGACAACGAGGGCAUCUUGGUCAGCGGCCAGGACUUCCACGCGUCGUGCUUCACGUGCACCCACUGCUCGAAUGUCAUCAAGCCCGGCGACACUAUCGUUUACAAGAACGGCGCGCCGCUGUGCAGCCACUGCGGCUCGCAAUGCUGCUCGAGCUGCGACCUGGUCAUCACCUCCGACUACCUGACCGCCUUCGACCGCAAGUUCCACAGCACCUGCUUCCGCUGCGCCGAGUGCGGCUGCGCCCUCGGCACCAACAAGUUUGUCGAGUUCAACGGCAAGCCUUUCUGCGAGGCUGACAUUCCCAAGGUUCAGCAAGCCCACCACGACGCCGACACUGACUGUGCUUGCUGCCGUCGUCCGAUUGGCCAGAACGAAGCCAUCAAAGCCUUGGACCAACACUUCCAUUCUUCGUGCUUCCGCUGCGAUGUGUGCAAGUGCGAGCUCUCUGGCUCGUUCUAUGAGCGAAACGGCAAGAACUACUGCGAGCGCGACUACCAGAGCAACCAUGGCGUGAGCUGCAGUCACUGCAAUCUUCAGAUCAACGGCGUCUACCUGCAGCUGGAAGACAACAAGUCCUUCCACACUGGCUGCAUCCGUUGCCAGACCUGCCAGUCGCCAUUCAGCGAGGGCGACAAGAUCUAUCUGCGGGAGCAAAAGCCCUACUGCGAAGCGCACCAGCGGGCUUAAGUUGCAUUCGGCUUGCUGCUCCAUUCAAACCCAUGGCCAAGUUUCCUGUUUUGCUGGUUUGCUUGCCCCGCAUUGCUUGUUGUUCUGGUAAUAAAGCACGAUUUUCAUUCUCC